AUGUCGGCUGACAACAACCAAGAGCCGUUGUCCGGUGCCGGCAGUCCGACUUGGCAUAGCCAUUUCACCGCCGGCCAAGCCUUCCCCGAUCCCGAUGCCCAAUUCGGCGCGCCUAAGGUGCCGCCUAGAGGUCCGUCUGGCCGGGUCUUGCCGGGUAUCGUGGUCGACGAAGCCGACAUGGACCCGGUCGGCUGCCUCACCGCGCAUGGCGGUGACCAACUCCCAAGUCACUGCCCGUGCGUCAGCGGCCAAACACACACAAUAACGCCGAGGGCUUUGCAUACAUUGUCUCGCCCGCGCGGCGCGCUCCAGGAGCCCAAGCCGUGGUAUGCCGUCGAGCAUGUCCCUUCAUCAAAACAUCAAACAUUCCGACGGUCAAUCUCUCCAUGGUUGGGCUCACAGGCCCAGAACAAGGCGCUGAUCACAAUCCCCGAGAUCUCAUGUUAUCCGUGGGACCGUUUCGUCCCGGGAUAA